GAGCCGGUCGGCUCAGUGACGAGGACGUUGCCUUUAAGAGCGCGCGGGCCCUUUAAAGAGCGGUGAAGAUGGCGGCGGCGACGCGGUGAUGGGCGCGCGGGGCCCGGACCCGAGGCCGAGUGGACCUGAGGCCGGAGCCUGAGCCUGGGUCUGAGCCGCUCCCGGUCCCCGCUCCCCGCUCCCGGCCUCAGUCACAGCCGCGGCCCGGGGCCGGCCCACGAUGCUCAGCAAGUAUUUCCUGAUGGGUCUCCGCAGCUUCGUGUGGUUCACGGCGAAGGUUUGGAGCGUUUGUGUGGAGGCGGCGCGGAGGCACGGCCGCUCGAUAAUCCAAUACCAGACAGUUCGCUAUGACAUUUUGCCUCUAUCUCCUCUUUCCCGCAUCAGAAUAAAUCAAAUGAAAAAGAAGAUUCUUGUUUUGGAUUUAGAUGAAACAUUAAUACACUCGCAUCAUGAUGGCGUUUUGAAACCAACAGUGAGGCCAGGAACACCACCAGAUUUCAUGCUCAAGGUGCUAGUUGACAGACAACCAAUCAGAUUUUUUGUACAUAAAAGGCCUCACGUUGACUUCUUUCUGGAAGUGGCCAGCCAGUGGUAUGAGUUAGUGAUUUUCACUGCUAGCAUGGAGAUUUAUGGUGCAGCUGUAGCAGACAAACUAGACAACAACAAGAAGAUAUUAAACCGUCGCUACUACAGACAGCAUUGUACACUUGAAUUGGGCAGCUAUGUGAAAGAUCUUGCAGCCAUUCACAAUGACCUCUCCAGCAUUGUAAUAUUAGAUAAUUCGCCAAGUGCGUACAGGAGUCACCCAGAUAAUGCUAUUCCUAUCAAAUCCUGGUUUAGUGAUCCUGGAGAUACAGCUUUAUUAAAUCUUUUACCCAUGCUUGAUGCAUUAAGGUUCACAUCAGAUGUCCGGUCGGUCCUCAGUCGGAACUUGCACCAACACAGACUAUGGUGAUGUUGAAAUAGGCUUUUCCUAAUGGUCUCCUGUGGGCAUUUCUUGUCAUGCCCUCCUAUACUUUGAACAUUGUAAAAACUGAACUUCAGGGAGGGGAUCUGAGUGUGCAUGAAGUGACACAAGCUCAGUGGAACAAUCAAGACAAUCUGGUUCACCUGUAGAUCUAUGUGUGAAUUUUACACUUGUUGGAUACAAUGGUGCAUCAUGUGAUACAUUAUCUUUUUGUUUAUACAAUCAGUUUUGAGCUCUGGUUGCCUGAGAUUGUGUCUUUUGUUAAAGACUGUCCGCCUUUAAGAUUAGAUAAUGGCUUUUUUAAACAGAAUAUAAAUGACUUUCACUCCAAAAUAUAAUAAUGUGAUCAGGCUGCUUCCUGGUGAAAAGGAAGUAUUUUCAUUGUAAACUACUCCGUCCUUUCUAUAUGAUGCCAAUUUUCACUGCUGUUUGACCAGGAAAAGAAAUCCCAAGCCUGACCCUGUCAAUGGUGCUAAACCACAAACCUAAAACCAGGCUUUGUUUGGAACUGGAUUUUUUUUAAAGAGCUGAUCCACAAUGUGAAUAGUUUGUCAAUGCCGUAUUUCUCAACAGUAUUAAUAAUUGCAUAUCAAAUGAAGAAUAAAAUCUCAUUUAUAUUACAAUAA